UUGAGCCCUGGGUACUUUCUCGGUAACUUAUUUUAGGGUUAGAAAAUCUGGUGGCCAUCAACAACCUUUAACGAUUCUGUGAAGCAUUAAUUAAAACUCGCAUUGAACCAGGAGAGAAGCCCUCCAGGUAGCAGCUAAAGAGCAGAUUUACAGAAUCAAUAUCUGAACUUCUGUCAUGAGCCUCUCUGAAGAAACAGACACAAAUACAAUGAACAGUUUAAUUGAUAGAGAAUCUGCUGACCCUAGCUGUGUGUCAAUGAAGAGUGAUGAAUCAGUGAGUAAUCCACCUAGCCUCAGUUCAGGAGACUCUGGUGCAGAUGUGAGUAACACAACAGAAUCUGUCAAAGGGCAAAAUAUGGAUUUUGUUUUCCAGGAGCUUGAGCAAAAAAUAAUCUCACUGAUGAAGAAAGAGCUGAAGAUCUUCAAGAGUCUACUGAGCUCAGAUUACCCAGCAAGCUCUGAGAGAGAGGAGGAGGAUGAAGAUCAGAUCAAAGUCAGAGAGGAGCUUCUGAAGAUCACACUGCACGUCCUGAAGAAGAUGAACCAGACAAAGCUUGCUGAUAAACUACAGACCAAACUUGUACAGUUGUUUCUGAAAAAACACAAAUCCAGACUAAAGAAGAAAUUCCAGAGAAUAAAUGAAGGAAUAUCAAGUCAAGGAAACUCGACUCUUGUAAAUGAGAUCUACACAGAGCUGUACAUCACAGAGGGAGGGAGUGAAGAACUUAAUAAUGAACAUGAGUUGAGACAGAUUGAAACAACAUCCAGAAGAUUAGAAAGACAAGAAACACCAAUCAAAGGUAAUGACAUCUUUAAAGCUUUACCUGGACAAGACAAACACAUUAGAACUGUGCUGACUAAAGGAGUGGCUGGAAUUGGAAAAACCGUCUCUGUACAGAGGUUCAUUCUGGACUGGAGUGAAGGAAAAGCAAAUCAGGAUCUUCACUUCAUAUUUCCACUUCCAUUCAGAGAACUGAAUCUGAUGAAGAACACAAAUAUCAGUCUGAUGGAUCUUCUUCAUCAGUUCUUUGUAGAUACAAAAGAACUGAGAUCAAGAGACUUUGAUUUCUAUAAAGUUGUGUUUAUCUUUGAUGGUCUGGAUGAGUGUCGACUUCCUCUAGAUUUCUCAAACAAUCAGAGUUUGUUUGAUGUAAGAGAAAAAGCUUCAGUGGAUGUGCUGUUGACAAACCUCAUCAAUGGGAAUCUGCUUCCUUCUGCACUGAUCUGGAUAACAUCACGACCAGCAGCAGCCAAUCAGAUUCCUCCUGACUGUGUUCACCAGAUCACAGAUGUACGAGGAUUCAAUGAUCCUCAGAAGGACGAGUAUUUCAUCAAGAGAAUAAAUGAUGAGAGUUUGUCCAACAGAAUCAUCAAACACAUCAAAUCAUCCAGGAGUUUGUACAUCAUGUGUCAUAUCCCAGUCUUCUGUUGGAUUACAGCCACUGUUCUAGAGAGAAUGUUGAGUGAAUCAGAGAGUCAAGCAGAGAUCCCCAAGACUCUCACUCAAAUGUUUACACACUUCCUGAUAUUUCAGACCAAACUGAAGAGGCAGAAGUAUGAUGGGAAAUGUGAGGUAGAUCUUCAACAGGUUAGAAAGAGUCUUCUGUCACUGGGAAAACUGGCUUUUCAACAGCUGGAGAAAGGGAAUCUGAUCUUCUAUGAAGAGGAUCUGAGAGAGUGUAACAUUGAUGUCAAAAAAGCUUCAGUAUACUCAGGAGUUUGUACCCAGAUCUUCAGAGAGGAGUUGGGACUGAACCUGGGGAAGGUCUACAGCUUUGUGCAUCUGAGCAUUCAGGAGUUUCUCGCUGCUUUUUUCAAGAUUUUAUGCUUUAUUCUGGACAAAAAAAACAAGUCAAGAAUGUCCGAAUUACUUAAAAGUGAAGUGGACAAAGCUUUACAGAGUGAGAACGGACACCUGGACCUUUACCUCCAAUUCCUUCUGGGUCUCUCAUUGGAGUCCAAUCAGACAAUAUUACAACAACUGCUGAGACAGACAGAAAGAAGAUCUGACAGCAGACAGGAAAUAGUUGAAUACAUUAAGAUGAAGAUCAGAGAAAAUCAUUCUCCAGAGAAAUCCACCAAUCUGUUUCACUGUCUAAAUGAACUAAAUGAUCAUUCACUAGAGCACGAGGUACAAACAUAUCUAAACCAAAAGGAUUACAGUAGUCUCUCUGAAGUUAAACUCUCUCCAUCUCAGUGGUCGGCUCUGAUGUUUGUGUUACUUAACUCAGAACAGAAGCUGGAUGAGUUUAUACUGAGUAAAUAUGAUUCAUCAGAUGAAUGUCUUCAGAGGCUGCUGCCAGUGAUCAAAGCAUCCAGAAAAGCUGAUCUAAGUCUCUGUAAUCUGACAGAGAAAAGUUGUUCAUCAUUGAGUUCAGUUCUCAGCUCAAACUCCUCAAGUCUGACAGAACUGAACCUGAGUUACAAUAAACUGCAGGAUUCAGGAGUGAAGCUUCUCUCUGAUGGACUGAAGAAUACAAACUGUAAACUGAAGAUAUUACAUCUCCGUGGCUGUAAUCUGAAAGAGAACAGUUGUUCAUCAUUGAGUUCAGUUCUCAUCUCAAACUCCUCAAGUCUGACAGAACUGAACAUGAGCAACAAUACACUGCAGGAUUCAGGAGUGAAGCUUCUCUCUGAUGGACUGAAGAAUGUAAACUGUAAACUGAAGAUAUUACAUCUGAGUUACUGUAAUCUGACAGAGAAAAGUUGUUCAUCAUUGAGUUCAGUUCUCAUCUCAAACUCCUCAAGUCUGACAGAACUGAACCUGAGUAACAAUAAUCUGCAGGAUUCAGGAGUGAAGAUUCUUGCUGAUGCACUGAAGAAUACAAACUGUAAACUGAAGAUAUUAAAUCUGAGGUCCUGUAAUCUCACAGAAAAGGAAAGAAGUUGUUCUGCACUAGCAUCAGUUUUCAGCUCAAGCUUCUCAAGUUUGACAGAACUGAAUUUAUAUUCCAAUAAACUGUUUGACUCAGGAGCGAAGCUGCUCUUUGCUGGACUAAAGAAUACAAACUGUAAACUGAAAAUAUUAAAUCUAGGUUUCUGUCAUCUGACAGAGAAAAGUUGUUCACUACUAAGCUCAGUUCUCAGCUCAAACUCCUCAAGUCUGACAGAACUGAAACUGAUUGAAAGUAAUCUGUAUGAUUCAGGAGCGAAGCUUCUCUCUGAUGGACUGAAGAAUACAAACUGUAAACUGAAGAUAUUAAAUCUGGAUUGGUGCUUUAUUGGAGAUGAAGGUUUUGGUGCUUUGGCUUCAGCUCUGAGAUCAAACCCAUCACACCUGACUGAACUCAGUCUGAACCAUAAUAAUCCAGGAGAUUCAGGAGUGAAGCUGAUCUUUGAUGUACUGAAGGAUCAACACUGUAAACUACAAAAACUACUUCUGAAGGACUGUAAAAUGACAGAGAGAAGUUGUUCAUCACUGAGCUCAGUUCUCAGCUCAAACUCCUCAAGUCUGACAGAACUGAACCUGAGUGGAAAUGAACUGCAGGAUUCAGGAGUGAAGCUUCUCUCUGAUGGACUGAAGAAUACAAACUGUAAACUGAAGAUAUUAAAUCUGGAGUCCUGCAGUAUUAGAAAGGAAGGUUUUGUUGCUUUGGCCUCAGCUCUGAGAUCAAACCCAUCACACCUGACUGAACUCAAUCUGUAUUUAAAUUAUGCUGAAGAUUCCAGGAAAUUGAUCUCUGAUCUACUGAAGGAUCCACACUGUAAACUAAAGACAAUACAAAUCUGAUCUUGACUGUAUCAAUCACCUACAAGAGUUACAUAUAACUAAACAGCUGCAUAGAGCCCUGUGUCCACCAGGAGAGUCCCAAGAGCACACGCAAUGACAGCUUGAUUUAUAUAUUUAUCUCAUGCAUAAUUCGGCAUGAGACUAACGCUUUAGGAUGUUUUACUGUUAACACAGGACUGAGGGUAGUGCUCACCUUUUCUUCCUUUUCUUCUUCGAACAAGCUUUUUCCAGAUGCUCAAACAAUUAGAAAGGAGCAUAAUUGGUGCUCACUGAUUCAACAGCUGAAUGUAUUUUAGGAGAUGGUCCUGGCACUUACUGGACUUUCUUGGGUGCCCUGAAGCCUUCUUCAAAACAAUUGAACCUUUCUCCAUAAAGUUCUUAAAGAUCACAUAACACACACCAUUUCUGCCAAUCUAAUGUUAACUCUUUACCUGCCAAUGACGAGUUAUCUCGCCAAUUAAGAGAAAAAAAUUCCAUAAAAAAACGUGUUACUGAUGAGGUUUUAUUUAAUCUGUAAUACCGCGAUUAUCCACUUACCCAAUUUAUUUAUUUUUUUACUAAUUUUUAAACUCUGUGUAUGCUUUGAUUAUUGUUCUGAAUCUGAUCUCUAACAAAAUUCCUUCAUAAAAAUUUCAUUAUUUUAGCUUUAUGCUAAAAAAUUGGGUUUUAAAAAAAAACCCAUAUUCAAGAGUUUAUAAGCAGAGAAAAAAUAUAGAUAGGAUGAAACGUUUUUUUUUUCCGUUUUGUUUGUCAGAUUUUUAAAAAAACAGAACAACCUUUCAGUUUUUCCUGGAUAAUAUAUGCCUGAAGGCAUACUGUGGGCGAAGCUAAAGAUUUACAAGUACGUGCAGCCUUUGAGUACUAAUCCAACAGC